UAAGAGUUUUCUUCAUUGAUUAUUGGCAACUGCUGCAUUCUGAGAAAGCCUCUUUCAAUUUAGCUUUCCAGAUCCUUUGAUUUCCUGCUCCAACAGCUUUAUAAUCUCUCCAACAACUUCAUAAAUGCACUGCAAUGGUCACAUGAACGUCUCAGGAGAGGAAUCAACACCUCUGUGUCUCGCUGUUAUUAUGGCACUUUAGAAAGAGAAAACCAAAAAGCAACAAGUCCAAGUCAAGUUGGAAGUCUUACAAAAGAUGAAUCUAAUAGUGAGGCUCCGAAGAAGUUUCAGAACACUGGUCAUUCUCCUGGCUGCCUUCUGUCUAGCAAGUAUUGUCAUUUCUGCUUAUUACCUGUACACUGGCUACAAGCAGGAGAUGACUCUUGCAGAAACCACUGGAGAAACAGAGUGUGAAGAUCUCAAGCUUUUACCAUACAGGUCCAUGGAGCUGAAAACAGCUAAGCCAAUUGAUCCUUCUAAAACUGAUCCCACCAUCCUUCUCUUUGUGGAAAGUCAGUACUCCCAGCUGGGACAAGACAUCAUAGCCAUCCUUGAAUCCAGCAGAUUUCAAUACCACAUGGUCAUCGCACCUGCCAAGGGAGAUAUUCCCCCUCUCACAGACAAUGGAAGAGGAAAAUAUACGAUUAUUAUAUAUGAGAAUAUUUUAAAGUAUGUAUCCAUGGACUCAUGGAACAGAGAGCUUCUGGAAAAAUACUGCGUGGAAUACAGUGUUAGCAUAAUUGGUUUUCAUAAAGCCAAUGAGAACAGCUCCCCAAGUACAAAACUGAAAGGCUUGCCAUUACAUCUUUACAAUAACAUUGCCCUCAAAGAUUGUGUUGUAAACCCUCAGUCUCCCCUUCUGCGCAUUACCAAAGCACCAAGGACUGAGAAAGGCCCACUGCCUGGUGAAGACUGGACAGUUUUCCAGUUCAACCAUUCCACCUACCAACCUGUGCUUUUAACUGAACUGCAGACUUCCAGGCCAACCCCCAUGGCGUUGCCAAAGGCUGCUCUGUAUGCAACUGUCAUCCAGGACUUAGGACUUCAUGAUGGGAUUCAGAGAGUUCUUUUUGGAAACAACCUGACUUUCUGGUUGCACAAGCUAAUCUUUAUUGAUGCCAUCUCUUUUCUGUCAGGGAAGAAGCUCACACUGUCCUUGGAUAGAUACAUUCUGGUUGACAUUGAUGACAUCUUUGUUGGGAAAGAGGGAACAAGGAUGAAUGUCAACGAUGUGAAGGCUUUACUAGAGACUCAGAAUUUACUGCGCACUCAGGUUGCAAAUUUUACCUUCAACCUUGGAUUUUCAGGAAAAUUUUACCAUACAGGCACUGAAGAGGAAGAUGAAGGUGAUGACCUGCUAUUGAGAUCUGUGGAUGAGUUUUGGUGGUUUCCCCAUAUGUGGAGUCACAUGCAGCCUCAUCUCUUCCACAAUGAGUCAUCACUGGUGGAGCAGAUGAUCCUCAACAAAGAAUUUGCACUAGAGCAUGGCAUACCAACUGACAUGGGAUACGCAGUGGCUCCACACCACUCUGGAGUCUACCCAGUCCACAUCCAGCUGUACGAGGCCUGGAAGAAGGUCUGGCAUAUCCGAGUGACCAGCACAGAAGAAUACCCACACCUGAAGCCUGCACGGUACAGACGGGGCUUCAUCCACAAUGGCAUCAUGGUGCUCCCUCGACAGACCUGUGGCCUUUUCACUCAUACUAUUUUUUACAAGGAAUACCCUGGGGGUCCUCAGGAGCUGGACAAAAGUAUCCGAGGAGGUGAACUUUUCCUCACCAUUCUCCUGAAUCCUAUCAGCAUCUUCAUGACCCAUUUGUCUAAUUAUGGGAAUGACCGCCUGGGGCUGUACACCUUCUCAAACCUGGCCAACUUUGUGAAGAGCUCGACCAACCUGGAACUGCAGACACUGCCACCCAUCCAGCUGGCACACAAAUACUUUGAGCUCUUUCCUGAGCAGACAGACCCCCUUUGGCAGAAUCCAUGUGAUGACAAACGACACAGAGAUAUUUGGCCCAGAGACAAAACUUGUGACCACCUACCCAAAUUUCUUGUGAUAGGACCCCAGAAAACAGGAACAACAGCACUUUAUUUAUUUCUUCUGAUGCAUCCUUCUAUUACCAGUAAUCUCCCUAGCCCAAAAACUUUUGAAGAAGUUCAAUUCUUCAAUGGGAACAACUAUCACAAAGGAAUUGACUGGUACAUGGAUUUCUUCCCCACUCCUUCCAAUACCACCACCGACCUUCUCUUUGAGAAAAGUGCCAACUAUUUUCAUUCUGAGGAAGCUCCUAAACGAGCAGCUUCCCUCAUCCCCAAGGCCAAGAUCAUCACCAUCCUCAUCGAUCCAUCUGACCGUGCCUAUUCUUGGUAUCAGCAUCAGCGCUCUCAUGAGGACCCCACUGCUCUGAAAUUCAAUUUUUAUGAAGUCAUUACGUCAAGCCCCUGGGCACCCUCAGAGACAAGGACUCUCCAGAAGAGGUGUCUGAUGCCUGGAUGGUAUGCUGUCCACAUUGAACGAUGGCUAACUCACUAUCCAGCUUCACAGUUGCUAAUUAUUGAUGGACAGCAGCUAAGAAGUGACCCAGCUACUGUGAUGGAUGAAGUGCAAAAGUUUCUUGGAGUCUCUCCUCACUAUAAUUACUCUGAAGCUCUAACGUUUGACCCUCAGAAGGGCUUUUGGUGCCAGUUACUGGAAGGAGGGAAAACAAAGUGCCUGGGAAAAAGCAAAGGUCGAAAAUACCCACCCAUGGACCAAGAGUCCCGAGAUUUCCUGUCAAGCUACUACCGAGAGCACAACGUGGAGCUGUCUAAGCUGCUGCACAGGCUGGGGCAGCCCCUGCCCUCCUGGCUGAGACAGGAGCUGCAAAAGGUCAGGUAGCACACACGGGCAGGGGUCCAGCCAAGGAUCAUUUCCUUCACCGCAAAACCCCUGCUUCUCCGACUCACCUGUGAUCGUCAGUAGAGGACCUCGUGAAUAAUGCUCUUUCUUUAAAAAAAAAAAAAAAAAAAAAA